UACCCAUUGUGACAGUCUGCCUUCUUGAGAUAGAGUAAUGAGGAUUUUGUCUGAGAAGUGCAGAACAGAAGCUUCAGUGGGAAGUCCGUCAAUAGAGCCAAUGGCAAAUUUCGACUGAGCCGGAAAUGGCUCUUCAACGACUCGUGAGGCAUCCAUGGCUUAAUGAUUUCGAAUUUAGAAGUUGCUAUAAGAGAAAGAGGCCAAGAAGGUUCUGUGAAAACGAUGACGGUAUGAAUUGAUUGAAUUCUAAAGAAAUUCACAAUGUUGUUCAAGGUUGAAAGUUCUGGAAGUGUAAGUAGUGCCCACUGUUCUAUGAUGGGCGGGACAGUGUUAGUGCUCGGACCAAUAUUAGGGUCCACCGAUACUGCCCCGCGCUAACCUGAUAUAGCUUAAUAGAAGAAAUUCUGCCAAGGCGGUCAAAAUUUCAAUAUCCUUCUCUUAAAAAGUUACCAAGGUACCUUCAUUUUGUACUAUCGACAACCAUAAAAAUGCCAAAAUUCGUUCCGCGGCAGAGGAAACACAAGGUCCUUGCGCGCGAAAAUGCGCAGCAGAAUGGUACCCAGGAUGGUGGAGUCGCACCCCCAGAACCCGAUAGCAAUGCGCUGGAGAUUCUUCCGGAUGCGCAGAAAGAUCGUGAAGCUAAGAAGGCUCGGUUGAGAGAGGAACUGAAAGGCGAGAUCAAAGUGAGCGGCAAAAAGGCCAAACGACUUGAGAAAUACAUCGACACUAAACUCAAGAAAGAUGAAAAUCGGGUACUCUUGGCGGAAUUAGCAAAGAACAAGAUCGACACGAGUCUAUUCUCGAGUAGUCGUAGUCUGGGCCAGGGGAAGGAAACUAAGCGACAGGCGCUCAGUCGUGCGUUAAGGGAACGACAAGCUGGUGUCGGCCAGAAUGGGGAGGAUAUCCUUUUUGAGACGCGAGAUGCUCCGAUGAGCAAUGAGUCAGGGGAUGAGGACGAACUACGCUCAAAGGCUAACCCCUCUACGGGCCGUCUUGGUGGAUUACCGCAAAAUAUCUCCAAUGGGUCUACUGCGGGCGGUGCUGCGAAUGCACAAGCAGAAAAGGCCGCAACUUCUGUGGGAUCUGGGUUAAAACGACCUCUUGAAUUAGACGACGACGGGCGACCGGUAAUACAAAAGAGGCAAAAACGCGGCGGUGUGAAAUCUAAGCUUACCGGAAAACCGCAACUAUUACAACCCGAACCAGCUUCCGACGAUUCAGAUGAGAAGCUUGAUGAGGAAGACAGUAGCGAUGACGAUGAGUGGAAUGGGUUUAGCUCUGAUGUAGUCGGAUCCCACGAUUCCGAGGAAGAGAAAUCAGAAGAUGAAUCAACAGAUCAAGAGUCUGACGGCGAAGAAGAAUCUUCUGAAGAGGAAGAGGAGGAGGUUGGAGGUUCACAAAAGAAGGAGAGAUCUUCCGCGUUCAAAGCCUGGGCCCACGAACAGCGCAAUGCUGCACUGGGGUAUCAACCCGUUGAUAAUAGUAAUUCGGUUCUGAACAUUACGGUACCUAAAAACUUCAAGCCACGCCCGCUGGAACAAGAUCCGUUACCUGCGGAGUUACUACCAACCAAGAAUAGCAGGAGGAAAGCUUUCAGUGUCCCAGUUCAAAGGAAGCCUGAGAUUCAGGAUGCGCGACUAAAAUUACCGGUUGUGGCCGAAGAGCAGAAGAUAAUGGAAGCCAUUUACAAUAAUAAUGCGGUGGUAAUAUGCGGUGCUACUGGAUCCGGAAAAACGACACAAGUACCUCAAUUUUUAUUUGAAGCGGGUUAUGGCUCUCCAAAAUCCCCUACGCCCGGUAUGAUUGGGGUGACACAGCCAAGAAAAGUCGCUACCGUAAGUAUGUCGAAACGCGUGGGGCAAGAGUUAGGCGAUCGAUCAGAUGCUGUGGCGUACCAAAUCCGAUUCGAAGGUACAGCCGACGAGAAAACAGCGGUCAAAUUUAUGACGGAUGGUGUACUCCUUCGAGAGGUUGCCAGCGACAUUGCUCUACACAAAUACUCAGCAAUUAUUAUUGACGAGGCUCACGAGAGGAGUGUCAAUACUGAUAUUCUUAUCGGAAUGCUGAGUCGAGUGGUUAAGUUACGAGAGGAAAUGUCACAAGAAGAUCCCAAGGUAGCUCCUUUGAAACUAAUCAUCAUGUCUGCUACUUUAAGGGUCGACGACUUUAUAAAAAACCAGACAUUAUUCCCGACACCACCGCCAGUUCUGAAUGUUGAGGGCCGCCAACAUCCAGUUACUAUGCACUUUGCUAGGCAAACUCGUCAUGACUACGUUGAUGAAGCUUUCAAAAAGAUACUGAGAGGACAUCGUAAGCUUCCACUAGGCAGCUUCCUUGUUUUCCUCACCGGACACGACGAAAUACAAAGACUGAGCAAAAAGCUCAAGCUUGCAACGGGUGGUUUAAAUCCUAUCGCCUAUCCUAAGGUUCGAAUAUCCGCGAACGAUGCACCAUUAGAAGUCGAGGACAUCGACUUUGGAGAAACUAACGAAAAUGGGAACGACGAGUAUGAACCAUUCAUUGACGAAGAGGAAGAAGACGCUGAAGAUGAUGCUGAGUUUGAUGUUUCCGAGGAGGCCGGUUCAGGACCAUUGAAAAUGCACAUUUUGCCGUUGUACUCGCUUCUGCCAACAAGAGAGCAGAUGCGCGUAUUCGACGAUCCCCCUGAAGGAUCACGAGCGAUUAUACUGGCAACCAACGUCGCUGAAACUAGUUUGACAAUACCUGGUAUUCGAUACGUAUUUGAUUCUGGACGAUCAAAAGAGCGAAAAUACAAUAGGGAAACUGGAGUGCAAAGUUAUGAGAUUGGUUGGAUUAGCAAGGCAAGCGCAAACCAAAGAGCUGGACGUGCCGGUCGAACCGGACCAGGUCAUUGUUACCGGCUAUAUUCGUCUGCCGUAUAUGAGCGAGACUUCCCUGAGUUCGGUGACCCUGAAUUGCUAAGAAUGCCUAUCGAGGGUGUGGUGUUGCAGCUCAAGGCAAUGCGGUUGCAGCACGUUAUCAACUUUCCUUUCCCGACGCCUCCUGAACGGCAGAGUCUUGCGAAAGCAGAGAAACUGCUUAAAUAUCUAUCUGCAAUCUCCGAGUCUGGCCAGGCGACUCAAAUAGGUUCGACAAUGGCCAAAUUCCCCCUUCCACCCCGAUUUGCACGGAUACUCUUAGUCGGACAUUUGCACGAAUGUUUACCUUACACUGUCGCGCUUGUUGCGGGACUAUCUGUAGCGGAGGUUUUCAUUCCAGAAAGCCAAGCAAUACCUGCUCUAGCCGCAGAUGAUGAACAUGAAUUCCGUACCAAUGAAGACGUAAUUGCGGAAAAUCGGCAAUCUCAAGCUCGUCAAAAAUAUCACGAAGUGCAUAGAAACUUCCGGUCAUUAGACGACAUAUCCGACGCAAUCAAACUUCUCCAAGUUGUGGGCGAGUUCGCGCACGACCCCACCGAGCAAUGGUGCGAAAGCCACUUUGUCCGAUUCAAAGCGCUUCAAGAGACACAGAAACUCCGACGGCAAAUAACAAAUUUGCUCCAAAAAGACAUCCCCGCAUUCGCCAAUCUAUCAUUUAAAGAAAAACUAGAUCGCCCAAGCCCCAAGCAAGUUACAGCCCUAAAACAAAUGGUAGCUGCAGGUUUCAUUGACCAAGUUGCUAUCCGUGCGGACUUAGCCCCAUCACCACCGGAAAUUUACCGUAAACCCCGUCGUGCUAUCGACGUACCAUAUAUACCCCUUCAACCCAUCGAAACCGACAGUCGCGAUCCGCUCGACGGACUUGUAUAUAUCCACCCCUCAUCAGCCCUUGCGCACCUUAGUCCACAGGAAUGUCCCGGGUAUAUCGUAUACGCGAACCUACAACGCGCCGCAGCGAAUCUUCUCGACCCGACAGUCAAAAAACCAAAGACUCGUAUGCUGGCUCUAACCGAUGUUACGGGUGCCCAGUUAGCGAGCCUAGCGAAGGGCACGCCGUUGCUGGAGUAUGGGAAGCCUAUAAAAGAGGUCGCGAAAACGGAUACUACGAGGGAGUGCUGGGUUGUGCCGUAUUUGCGCGCAGAGGGAAGUGCGGGUGGAUUAGGGUGGCCAUUACCGGUAAGGAAAGUGACGCAGAAGAAAGUGGCUGGACGGGGAUGGGUUACUGAGUAACUUGGAAGAAACAGGUGAUUAUAUUGGCGACAGCGAGUUUCAUAUAGAGGUGUUAGGAUGGAAGUACCAGGCUUGGGAAUUAGGAAAAUAAAAUAUUCAUAUCCCAACUUGGGUGCGCACUCUAACCUCUUUAAAGGCAUUGGAUGGAAUUGUAUUAUUUUAGAAUUUAUAACGCGUCGAUUCACUCUACCUAGCUACAUCUCGAUCUGAUCUAUACUAAUCGUAUCGGUCUACUAGUAGUACAACGGUACCUUUACGAGAUAGAAUGGU